AUCGCCGCGACAGUAAGCUUGCAAGAGCUGUAGUGAUCACUAUAUUUCUCUCUGCAAGCAAGUUUGGAAGUGUGUUUAAUGCUGUUUGCGUAUAAAACUAUUUAAGUUUGAUUAAUAGCAUCAAAGCACUUAAAAUGCUUUCAAGAUUGCUAAAUAGAUACAAUGCACUAGUCAGGCGUUCAUUAAAAUUAACAGCGUUUAGGGGAUUUGCAGCGUCUAUAGAGCCAACGCAGGAAAAUCAAGGAACUUCUACUUCGAACAAUUGGGAAAAUGCGCGGCCAUAUUCAGAAUUACCAGGGCCAAGCAAAUAUGAAAUUAUUCGUGGAUUUUUGCCAGGAGGAGUGUUUCAUAAAAAAACAUUUAUUGAAGGCAUUUCAAGUCUGACACUAAAAUAUGGCGAUGUCUAUCGUUUUCCCGCCAUGUUUGGCAAACCAGAAUCAGUUAUGAAUCUUAAUCCAAAUGAUUAUCCAAUAAUAUUUCGAAAUGAGGGCAUUUGGCCAGAACGACGUACUUUCGAAUCCUUAGUUUAUCAUCGUAGAGUGCACAGAGCGGAUUUCUUUCAAGGCGUGGAUGGACUUUUGACCACAACUGGCGAAGAAUGGGGGAAAAUACGUACCGCCGUUAAUCCGGUUCUAAUGCAACCUAAAAAUGCCAGACUCUACUUAAACACGUUACUGGAAGUCAGCGAUGAAUUUCUCGAAAGAAUACGUCACAUACGCGAUCCUUUGACACUCGAAGUUCCCGAUGACUUUCAUGAUGAUAUUAAUCGCCUCACUUUAGAGAGCGUGGUGAGUAUAGCGCUGAAUACCCGUUUAGGAAUGAUACAUAAAAAUCGAGAUAGUGCGGAAAGUAAAACACUUUUGAAAGAAAUACGCAAUUUUUUCGUAUUAUCGGAAGAGGUAGAAGUCAAACCAUCUAUUUGGAAGAUUAUCAAAACACCGAAGUUCCAUCAACUGAUGAAAACAUUGGAUACGCUUGUAGUUUUGUGCAACAAAUAUAUCGAUGAGGCACUAAAACAAAUUAAUUUGGAUAGUGAGGGUAAAUUCACCUCAGAGGUGGGUAAGGAAAAGAGUGUUUUAGAGAAACUAUUGAAAAUUGAUCGCAAAAUUGCUGUGGUUAUGGCCUUAGAUAUGAUGAUGGGCGGCGUCGACACAACAAGUUCCACCUUAACGGGCAUAUUAUUUUGCAUCGCCAAAAAUCCGGACAAACAACAGAAACUAUUCGAGGAACUCAAAAGCAUUCUACCAAAUAAGGACUCUCGCUUAACUAUAGAGAAUAUGCAAAAUCUUCCCUAUCUGCGUGCAUGCAUUAAGGAAGGUAUGCGCUAUCAUCCCAUUAUUGUUGGUACUAUGCGUCGCCUGCCGAACGAUGUUGUGCUGAGUGGAUAUCGCAUACCGGCCGGUACUGAUGUUUCGGUUAGCUCCAAUUUGCUGUUGCGUAAUGAGAAGUUUGUGGUAGAGCCAAAUAAAUAUAUUCCAGAGCGUUGGCUGCGUAACGACACAGAGGGUAACAAAUAUCAACUCAAUAACCCUUUUCUAUUCCUUCCAUUCGGCUUCGGUCCACGUAGUUGCGUGGGCAAACGAAUUGUGGACCUGGAAUUGGAGGUGACCGUGGCACGUUUGGUGCGCAAUUUCAUGAUAGAAUUCAAUUAUUCUACGGAUAACGCUUUCAUACAGAAGCUCGUUUUCAUACCUGGGAUACCACUGAAGUUCAGAUUCAAAGAAAGAAAGGAGUGAAGACCGGUGAAUAAUUUAAUCCUACAUUCAUAAAAUGAUAAUAUUAUAAAUAAAUGACUCUAUUAGUAGAAUAGUUUUGUUAGUGCUAACAAAGUGAAUUAGGUGCUUAGAGUGAUAAGUGUUCCCAACUUGUAGAACAUAUAUAUAUUUUAAUAAAAUAGUAAUGGGUUCCAAAUA